AUGAUCGCUGAGGUGCUCAACAAAGUGUCAGAGGCUCAGGAGGCCUAUGACAUUAUCGAGAAGAACAAGGACAACGUGGAGAUCUUGGAAAGCCUGCACUCGCGGCCCAGCAUCGACCCUUGCAAGCGUAAGCUCCUCACGGCGCAAAAGCCCAUGGAGGUCACUGACGAGAUCGAUCGACUGGCGAAUCGCUUGGCCCUGUCCGAGUCGGAGGGGCGAGAGAUGGUGGCUGCUGUGAUGUCCGAGCUUCAGGCCGCCGAGGCAGACGCGGACGAGAGCCUGGAGGAAUCGAAGGCCUUGGAGAAACUCCGCAAAGAGCAGAUGGAGCACGUCCUUCACCAGAAGAAGACGUUGGAUUGGAUCGAAGGGGGCGCUGGCAUGUCAAACGUGGUGAACAGCGGGGAGAUCAGUGAAGAGCAGUUCCAAGCGAUGAGCGAGGAGGAGCAGAACAAAGCUUGGCAGAACGAGCGUUCCAAUAAGAUCGAGAAACGCUUCACAGUCACCCUGCGCGCGGCCACGGAGCUCCACAAGUCCUUCCCGUCAGUGCACGAGCACAUACGCCAGAAGGAGGAAUGUGUGGAACAGUUGAAGGAGAAGGCUUCAGAGGCCAUGGAGGCCCGCGUGGCCGUCUUCCAACACGUGGAGCGAGUCGAAAAGCAUCUGGACGAGGAGACUCGGAAGAGCAUUCGCUGUGAAGAGGAGCGAGGCAAAUCCACCGACCAGCUGCAAGUGGCCAUGGACAAUCUGCAGGAGACCAGGAAGGCCUUCUUGAAUGCCUUGAUUGCGGCCGUGGAUGCCAGGAUUGAGUCGGACGCCGACUAUCAGCACGAAAAGAGGAUGGAGCCACUCUUGUUUGAUCCGCUGCGAGACUAUUCAGAUGAUCUGGUAUAUCGGAAGUUGUUGCUGAGCCACGGUAUCACGAGGCUGGCGACCCAGGCCUGGUUCUUCAUUGCACCCUUGGUCUUGCUGCGCUUCACGCCCGGUCGCCUUGAAGGCCCCGCCGUGUGGGGCCUCGCAACGAUGCUGGGCUCGGCACUACUCACACCACCCUUGGGUGCUUGGGCAGACCGGAUGGAUCGCUGCUGGGUGGUGACGCUGGGCGUCAGCGCGCAGGCAUUGGCCGUGCUGGGCUCCACGUGGGUUUUGGCGCUCGAUGCCGUCCAGAGCGGCUCUGGUGCGGCACUGCCAGCACUGGGGGCCUUCACAUGCUUUAGCGUGCUGGAAGAGCUGGCCAGCAGCCUGAGCGAUGUGGUGGUGAAACGGGACUGGGCACCACGGCUCUUUGAGGGUGAACGUUUGAGACGCGCCAACUCGAUGAUGUCGCAGAUCGACCUUUGGAGUAAGGCUCUGGGACCCUUUCUGGCUGGGUUGCUCAUGACCUUGCUGGGCGAUGCCUUUGGCUUCGUAGCAGUUGGACUCUUGAACGUCCUCUCGUUCCCACCGCAGCUCCUGCUACUGCGCAGCAUCUACACUGAACGUGUGUCCCAGCUGCAGCCUUUGCCAAAGGAGGUGCACGAGGCAAAGCCUUUGACGGCGAAGAGUGCGGCUUGGAGGGCGUGGCUUGAUCACCCCAGUGGCAUCCAGUUCUUAGGCAUCUCCUACUCCCUCCUGUAUCUGACGGUACUCUCUCCAGCAGGCCCCUUCCUCACGGCACACCUGGCGCAGUGGCAGGUGUCCAGUUUACAGCUCUCCUUGUUCAGAGGCGCCGGGGCAUUAGUUGGAGUCGCUGGCGUCAUGGUGUACCCCUUUGCUCAAGACCUUCUUGGCCCUCAGCUGGCCGAUGCCGUUUUCGCACUCUGGCUGGCCACUUGGAUUCUUUUGGCGCUGGACACCUUCCACCAAGCCGUUUCUGCUGGGGGGGCCUCUCCGGCUCUCCUCAUCUUCAUGUGUGCGGUGUGCCUUGCACGGCCUGGGCUUUAUGGCUUUGAGUUAGGCUUGCUGAACACCCAGCAGGACCUCUCCGAUGCUCGACAUCGAUCUGCCAUCGGUGCCGUGGACUCGGCACUCGUCUCCUUGGCCACCUUGGCGAUGUACGGGUCCGGGUUGGUGCUUUCACGGCCUGAGCAGUUUGUGGUGCUGGUCGAUAUGUCUACCCUUUUCGUCUCACUAGGCGUUGGCACUUACCUGAUGUGGAUGCUUUUGUACCAUUCGCACAAGCACAGGCUGGGAGAGAGCAUGAGUGCGACCCGCUCGGAGUUGCAAAAGGCCGUUGAGGCACGCGACUUGGUGUUGUAUCGCUGUGACCAAGUGGAGAAGCAGGUCGCCGAACAGACGGAGGCAGUGCGGCAGAAGAUCGAGGAGAAGCAGAAGGAUCUAUUGUCGCACACGGUGCCGAGCGUGAAGGAGCAUAUGCUGAAUCUCGCAUUGAGUAAUGAGCUCUUGAACCGUGUGAGGGAGGAGAAGAAGGAAGAGUUGGAGGUUCUUCACAAGGAGCGCGAUGUGGCCAUUGCCAAGGUGAACGCCUUGAGCACCAAGCAGCGGGGCAACAAAUCCAAGCUAGAUCUCUCGCGCAAGAAGGAGGAGGUGAGCAAGUACAUCAAGCUCAUUGAGAGCCGCCAGCAGGUCUUGGAGGCCUUGGAGACGGAGCUCCACCGGGCUUCGGAGCAAUAUGAGUUCUGCCGGUCCUUGGGGGUGCACCACUCAGAGCUGGACCAUGAAGAUGCCAUGCGUUUGGCCAAGGCAGAAGCGGACCGUUGCCUGGGCAGCUUUGAAUUUUGGAAGGAGGAUGAGGCUGAGGCCAUCACUGAGGAGGCCGACCCGAACUGCACCACGUUGCAGCUCAUCUCGGCCAAGAAGGACCUCGAGGAUCAGAUGACGCAGGCCUUCAAGAGGGAGCUGGAUCAGGUUCACGCGGACAACCGCCUUGAGCACCAGAGGAAAGAUGAACAGCUGGAGGACAUGCGGGCCCAGAUGGAGCAGCAGCAGGAGGUCACUGCGAGAAUGCAGGACAUGAUGGUGCAGAUGCAAGAGAUGCUCCGAAAAAGCGGUGUGGCACUUCCACAGGAGAUGCCCCGUGCCGACUCGGAGGGCUACCACAUGGUUCCCGAUAACGCUUCAGCUGAGACCACGAGUGAUGAUGCAUCAAAUUAG